CCUACCGCCGAGACACUGCCUUGCCAGCCUUGGCAAAAAUAAUGACUAAAAAUGAGAUCACGGAAAAUGAACUAGAUGCUGACACCCAAACCCAAUAUGAAAACUUAAAAAAUGGAGAAAUUACCGAACCCGACGCCAUUAUUGCAGCCGAAAAAUUAAUUACGGAAAAAAUUAGCCAGCAAGGAGCCAGCAAAAAGUUAAAUCAUCUCCUCAGCCAAGCAAAAAAGGCCUUAAAAUCCGGCCAAAGAACCCAAGUGGAAACAGCCUUAAAAGAAUUAGUGGCAUUCACAAUCGCAGACAAUAACAACACCGAAAACCCAACCCCAGGAUUUUUUCGCCCUCAAGUGCUUAUUCCUCUCUUUUUAGUUCUCGUUUUACUGGGCGGAAUAAUUUUCUCAAUCGUUCGUCGCCGGAAACGACAAAAGAAGGUGAACUACCCACCACUUAUAGAA